CUUGCCGAUCCUUGGGCAAGGGGCUCCUCGGACGUUUUCCAGGCGUUUGGUUUCUCAUUGGUCUCCUCGUCCCUUCUCUGCAGCGCUGGCGAAGCUCUGUAGCGAACGCGCCACACUGCGAACGUUACCACUUGCGUGGAGGACGUGCUGUGUCAUGAACGCGAAUGCGAAACCUCUACAGGUGGCGAACAGACACAGAUUUGUGGGCCUUGCGCUGAAGCGCUUCGUGUUCAGCUCAAUUUUUGGAUCCUGAGAACGAAACAGCACUUCAACGCUCCGUGAAAAAGAAAAGGCAGCAAGCCAGCCUAAUCCCCCACUUGGACGGCAUCUGCCACAUCACCAAGCAUACGUCCCCAACAUCGAGCGUAACAAAGCUUAUAUCAAUAUUAGGUAUAAAUUUCUCUUCUCUCUGAACUCGAACCUCAACGUAUCUCGGUCCCUCAGGUAUGCAACACGAAGAUGGCAGGGAAGGCGUGCGGCACUCGGCCAAGAGGCGCAGAUUGUCCCCCACAAUGGAUCUGUGGAGAAAGGAAGCAACGACGUCCUGUCUACUGUUUCGCUUGCCACGAGAAGUCCGAGACGUGAUUUACGGUCAUUUCUUCCACGAAAACUGCGCCCAGAUCGUCAAGGCCGGCGGCAUGGACGCUUUGAAGCUCGACUGCGCUGUCAAAGUCCUUCGCGCCGUCGACGAGAAUGGUCGCGUGCAGCGCGAGGCCACGGAGCUGUAUUUUCGUACGCGAACGUUGGUCUUCGACUCGCCCGGCUGCGUGAGCGAGUUUCACACCACCGUCGAGCGAAUGAAGCUGCGGUCUUUUGACGUGUACGGUGAACUGCGCCAGGUCGAGAUCGUGGGUUGGCUGCCGAUACGAACGGUUGCCGUCGAGGACCCGCUGUUCCAGUGGGCGUGGACAAGAAAUUUUGUGCGUGCCUGCAUCAAGCAUCUGACGCAGUGCACGCGAUUGAACACGGUCAAGAUAUGUCUGGAUGCCGAGCAUUUCCACCUCGAGGACGUGAGGCCGAUAUUUGGUCGGGUUGAUGGUCAGAUCUUGUUCGAGAUCAUCGUAGACGAAAAGAUCGAGAAGAAGUGCCUUCCGGGAACCACGGGCUCGCUGCGACGGCUCGCUGAUGUUGAUAAGGUUCUCGCGAGGAUUGGAAGGACAGGCACAUGGAAGGACGUGAGCCCAGAGUUAGAGGACACCAAGGAAGAGAGGGGUUUCCAUUGAUAUAUUUCACUUCCCUUGCGAUAUGAUGAUGUUAUG